GACACCUUUCCCCUUUAAGUUCGUUUCGAGAUGUUGCUGAUCUUGGAUAGCCGCAGCCGCAUAAGAUGUACUACGGUCUCCGUCGCUCGCGGGGCUUCUUCUCAAGAUCGCUGCAAAAAAAUCGUCAACAUGAGCUGUGGAACACCAUUUGAGGGCCGUGGUUUUGACUCAAGAACGAUGAUUCACUGCCGUCCAGGUUUAGAAUGCAACACGCCAAUUACUCCCUUCAUGUCGGCACAGCCCAGCUUCUUGAUGAGAGGCCAGUUGCACCACUUUAUCGACAAGCCGGGGGUACCGCUUCCUACUUUGCGGGAGCUGGGACUAGACAAGUUUCUGACCAAGGCCGAAAAACGCGAUUCGCAGCAAGACCUGGAAGAGAAUGAGAGCCCAGCUAUGAUCCAUUCGGGCCCCCAGGCUCGUCCCCAGCGAGAUGGGACAAGUUAUUCGCGACCUUACUCUUCGUCCGCGACUUACAACGAACCAGACAAAGCAUGCAACAGCAGCUACUCUGGCAGCGGAAGAUCGUGGGGUUUGAUAUACCAAACGUCCAUCGUAGAACGCCCAUGCCGCACGCAGCAAUGCCUUCAGAAUACGCACUACAGGCACCGCAGAGAGGCAGGAACCCGUCCGCCUUAUCGCUCGAACUUGCCGCACAGGGUUUCGGCAAGCAGUGGAGCGAAUAAUCACCGGAAUGCGGUGUAAAGAGAGUUCUCUAUUACACUAGAGAGCGCAUCGUCUCCUCCGCAAAAUCACGCGAGGUUGUGGAGAGCAAGACGCUAUGACCUUAUCGGACAGUUGCAUAGCAAAGCAUAGAUGUUGAC